GCAUUCGGUUUGAGUUGCUGUCACGCGAAAGACACACAAAAAUGACAAAGAUCCUGCAGAAUUCCCUGCUGCAGCCAAGGACACGCUACCAGGUGUUGGCCACGAUGAUCGUGAACAUCAUAACAUUCGGCCAUGGCCUGGGCGUGGGCUGGCUCUCGCCGACCCUAACGAAAAUCCAAUCGCCGAGCUCCCCGCUGGACUUUGAGGUGAACAUCGACGAGGUAUCCUGGCUGGGCUCCAUGAUCGGUCUGGGCAGCUUAUGCGCCAAUCUGACGAUAGCCCUGCUCCUGGAACGAGCGGGCAGAAAGUUCUGCAUUUACCUUCUGGCCGUGCCCUAUGCGUGCCUCUGGAUACUCGUUUACUUUGCCUCGAAUGUUGGCUUUCUGUAUGCCGCGCGAUUCCUGUGCGGAUUUACUGGAGGCGCGGCAUUUGUGGUGUUUCCCAUUUACAUCAGCGAACUGGCGGAUACCAGCAUUCGAGGUGCUCUGUGUUCUAUGGUGAUGCUGUCCUACAACUUUGGCGUACUGGCUGGCUUUGUAUUGAGCACAUAUCUGCCUUAUCAUGUGGUACCCAUGCUGGGCAUUUGUCUGCCGAUUGCUUACUUUUUGGCCAAUCUAAUACUACCCGAAACAGCACCAUAUCUCCUGAGGCAGGGCCAGCUGAGUGCUGCCGAGAUAUCAUUUGAUUAUUACAAAAAUCCAACAGACCGCAAAGCCAAACAGACAACCAAGUGCGAUUUUGACGAGCUUCGAACAGCAGUCCUGGCCCAGCAGUGCCAGAACUCAGAGCCUCUGAGUUACAAGGACCUGACUACCAGACCCGCCCUGAAGGCCUUUGGGGCAGCUGCUGUGCUCUGCCUGGGACUCGAGUGUUGCAACGUGUACAGCUUCAUCAACUACAUGUCCGACACCUUUGCCUCGUCCGGACUGGCCCUGGACGCCAACACUUCAACGAUCAUCAUUGGGAUAGUGCAAAUAUUCGGCGUCUAUACAUCGACCCUGAUCGUGGACAUUGUGGGACGACGGCUGCUCAUGCUGAUCUCAACUCUGGGCGUGGGCCUGGGAUGCAUUGCCUUCGGCUGCUUCACCUACUGUGCGGAGCAGUUCGAUCUCACGGCUUUCAAUUGGCUGCCGUUGGUGCUGAUGAUCGUCAUCAUUUAUUUGGCAAACAUUGGACUAAUCGCCCUCUUCUUCCUCCAGCUGGUGGAACUGUUUCCAGCCAAGAUACGCUCGCUGGCCACCUCCAUAUCGGUGGUGUGGAUGAGUAUCUUGAUCUUUGCCACUUUGAAGCUCUUUCCUCUGAUGAUGUUCCACUGGGGCAUAUCGGCCACCAUGUGGUUCUCCGGCGCCUGGUCUUUGUUCACAUUUAUUUAUUUACUAUUCUUUUUGCCAGAAACUAUGGGCAAGUCCAUGAUUGAAGAUUAAAAUUUCUACAUUUA